AUGUUUGGACGAGGGAGAAGUGGUCUUACCAAACCGAAGAAGGUUCAUUCUCUUGAAAACUUAAAAUACCUUCAUUCAGUUCUACAGAAGAAUCGAGUUGUCACUGAACAAAACUGUGGUACGCUAGUUGAAGCUCUUCGACUGAUUGCUGAGAUUUUGAUCUGGGGUGACCAAAAUGAUAGUUCAGUUAUGGAUUUUUUCCUUGAGAAGAAUAUUCUUGAAUACUUUUUACAGUAUAUGAAGCAGGAUCUAAGUCGAAGAAUUUGUGUCCAACUAUUGCAAACUUUAAAUAUCUUAUUUGAAAAUAUCACAAAUCAAACAGCCAUUUAUUACCUUUUAUCUAACAAUCAUACAAAUGCUAUCAUCACACAUCGGUUUGAUUUUACUGAUGAAGAAGUGAUGGCAUAUUAUAUUUCAUUUUUGAAGAUAUUAUCGUUUCGUCUCAAUUCAAGUACAAUCAAUUUUUUCUACAUUGAGUCUCGUCGAGAAUUUGAUUUGUAUGUUGAAGCUAUUAAACUGUUUGCUCAUCCAGAGGGUAUGGUUCGUAUUGCUGUACGUACUAUAACUCUCAAUGUACAUAAAGUGAAAGAUGAAGCUGCUUUAGAAUUUAUUCAUCAUCAAACGUCAUUAAGUUAUUUUUCACAUCUUGUCUGGUCAAUAGGAAAUACAAUACUAGAUAUUGACUGUCAUAAGUGUCAAAUGAGGCUGAAAGACUUAGUUGCAGAACACAUUGAUCAUUUACACUAUAUCGAUGAUAUUUUUUCAUUGGAUAUAGAAGGAUUAAAUGAAGUAUUGUGUGAUCAAUUAUUAAGGCGGUUAUUGCUACCAUUACAUAUAUAUUCAUUAUUUAAACAGUACAAAUCGGAAGCAAAAGCAACGACAACAGCUCGUAAACCUCGCUUAUCGUAUUCGGUAACAGUUUUCACACUGACUCACGUGUAUCUAUUCCUACAUUAUCCUCGUUUGAUUCGCUUGCUUACGGAGGCAAUUCUAAUAGGUGAUUUUACACUACCAGGCUUAAUACCUUGUCCGGCAUCAUGCUCAACUUCAUAUGUGGUUUUCAAUGGUUCAACAACUGAAAACUGUUCUGUGAGUUUUACAAAUAAAGAGGAUGACGAUGUAGAUGAUCCUUCACACGAUCCGGCUAUGAAAAUCGCUGAAACACUUGUUGCUGCCACUGUAUCUUUACGUGCUUCUGACCAAGCUGAUCAUGGACAGAAAUUAAGUGCCUAUUUAACCCAUUCCGUUACACCCAGAAACCCACUGAUGUUUUCUCAGCCUAGUGAAUCUCUGGAGAAUGGUCUAGUUCAAGCUAAAGGUGUAACUCCUACUCUUAUGUCUGUACUUUGGCCGCCUAAUAUGUCUCCAUUGAAGCUAGUGGAAAAGGGCUCUAAAACUAGUUCAUUAAAUUCUGCCAACCUUCCCUCUGAUCCCCUCCCGGACUCACAAAUUGACCUUUCUUCUCCUCAAUGUACAGAUCCUUGUAUAAAUGUAUCUUCUGUCAAUAAAACUUCCCCUAAAGUGGAUGAUUUAUCAAAUGACAUACCGGCAGAUUCACAGUCAGGCGAUCAAACCGACAAAUCAAUUGAACCAGAACUUUCGAAUCUCUCUGGCCGUGUCUUUCUUAGAUCCUUAUUUCGUUCAUUGGAAGUUGGUUCUGGUUCAGAUCAAGAUGCUUUAUUUUCUAUUCUCCUUUUAAUUGCUAUGAGAUCUAACGAAGGUAUUGAUUUACCCACUUUGGAACUUGCUCAGUUGAAUGGUCCUGAUGUUAAACAGUCAUAUAACCAUACACUUGUUACAAAGCUAAUCGAGUUGAUUGGAGAUUCAUGCAAAACUGAAAGUCAAAUCCGUUUAAUCACUGUACAUAUGGCUAUUCGUUUGUUAACGGAUUUAGUGUAUAGUCCCAUAAUGGGUUGUCGGUUAUCUGAUCAACAUUUUGCCGAAUUGAUUAACGCUCGUGAAGAAGCUAUGCUUGCAUUGAGAAGUUAUUUUGAGAUCAACGCAAUUUUCUUGGAUGUAUUUGAAAAUGAAUUGCGUCGUGUUCAAUCACCACUCCCUUCAUUGUCUACAUUAGCCACAGAUGCUCGUCUGUUAACACCACCAUAUUCACCGUUCAUGUCGAAAUCAGAUGAGACAUCUGAAACUACUAAUACUGAUAGCAGUUCUGGUACAUAUGGUAACAAUAAUUUUAGUAAGACACAAAUGUUGACAUGUAAUGAUAUGGAUCUUGUUUAUCGGUUGCCGCAAAAUGAACGUGAACAUAUCCAACGUGCAAUUUCAGUUUAUCUUAUUGUACAUAUAUGGUUAGAAAAAAUGAAUUAUGUAUUUAAAAUGAAUGAAAUAUCCUGUAAAGAUGUUGUUAAUGUUGAUGAUGUUGGUGUUUCCAUUCAACCAGAUAAUAAUCAUAAUUAUUAUUACAAUAACUAUAAAAUAUCUUCAAACGAUUUAUUUUCUAAUCUAACUGGUAUACCUGGAUUAGGCGGGUUUUGUAAUAUCCCUGAUUUGAAAUCCAAUGUACCUGUAUUGAAGACAGGAGAUAAACUGGAUCUUUCUUCUGAAACGUUAAUUGGGUGUACAGUUGAAAGAUCUGGCAUUCAUGAAAAACGUUUUAUAGUCAGUUGUGGUCAACAGUUGGUUCUCGUAGAACCAGAUUCAAAACAACUCGGUUGGGGUGUAAUAACAUUCAUUGGACCACUACAAGAUUUGGAGUCCCACUGUGAUCAAGCUGAUAGUCGCUGUCUUCACGUGACUAUUCAUGCUCCUGGACACCUCAUGUCUCAAGAUUCCAGUCCUGGACAAUUACGUCGCAAUAGUAAACCUCCGAUUUUGAUUGCCAGGUUUCUUUUUGAAGAUCAUAUACGCUGUAUGACUGCCAGACAACUAUUAUCUCGUGGUAAAACUCUUGUUGAACAGGCGAAACUACGAAAAAUCGCCUCUUUAUUGGAUUUUCCGCCUCAGUUUAUACGGGAGAAAUUCUUGAUUAGUAAUACAACUGCUGGUGGGAGUAACAAAAAUUUGGUUACCGGUAGUCGUCUUGAUUCUUCAAAUUCAUGUGUAAAUAAUUCACUCAAUAGUAGGCGUGUUGGUUCUGUAACAAUGUCUGGACAGUCACCUGGACAAACGCAACAUCAUAUUAAUAAAGAAGGCAGUGAUAAUAACAAUAAUAGUAGUGGUAGUGUACGUUCAGGUGAUUUUCUAAUGGAUUUCCGAGGUCAUGGAAACGCUUUUCGUCGAUUUCGUGAUAGGAAUGGGAUUGAUGGGCCAGUACCACUAGUUUGUCUAGCUGGUUCAAACAACUCAGUAACAAUGACACCGAUGAUGCCAUCAUCGAUAACUACUACCAUUACUUCAACUGAAUCUGUUAUUAAACCUAAUCCAUUAUCUGAUUUUACAUCAUCUACUGGCGGAUUGAAUCAAGAGGUUUCUCAGUCUACGACAUUGCCUAAUUCUUUGCAUAAAAUAAGUGAUGCAGGAAAUAAAAACAAGAUUAUACUUAUAUCUAGACGUCUAUCGAAUUCGAGUUCGAAAAUUGUAUUAGAUGAUGUGAAAGGUGAUCAAGACGCAUUUAUUACUAACGAUAAUAAUAAUAAUACUCGAACUGAUCUACCAAGAGAAAAUGAAAGUGAGAUUAAUAAACCAACAGAGUCUAGCCCUUCAUCUCAAAAAUCUAACCGUCGAGGUUACUCAAGUGAUGCUGUGGAUGAAUAG